CUCUUCAGCACUGCUGGGCUGCUCCGCUCCGCCGUGUAGCCGCCGUUAGCAACUUCUCCCACCUCACUCCCUCACUCACUCACUCACGCUUCCUCAUUCACUGGCUUCGUCCUUCAUGUUUUAAACCCCGCUUCCAGUGAGCUGCAGAGCUAAACGCACCGAGGAGAAAGCUCCAGACUAACCAGUGUGUGUUACCGAGCUGGUUAUUAGAAACACGCUCCGCUUGGCGCAGAGUUUGUUUUGAAACGAGGAGCUCCGGUAUUCAGCGCUCCUUCCCCCCUCUGCAAACAUCAGCUCUGCACAGGCUUCGCUUCAAAGUAACCGAGGAGGACGGAGGACAGCUACAAUGAGCGGAAGUUCCACGGUAAAAGCAGGAGGGACAAGAAUGCAAGUAAAGUAGAAGGACUAGACGUGCAUCACCACCAAGUGCCUGGAUGUGCUGGACGCUGGAGCUGGACCGUGCUGGCGCAUACUUUCCUCCACGCUGCUUUUUCGCGCUGACCGUGCCUGCGUGUGUGUAUCCGUGAGUACGCCGGGCCUUGAUUCUGGCUAUAUUUCACUCUGACGUCCUUCCAUCCCACGUUCUCACCUCGCUCACCAUAUUGACCUGUUAAUCCAAGGACAGUCGAUUAGUUUCUUCUUUCGGAACGUGCAUCUUGACCCCUCCAGCCUCUCAAAUAGCUUUCAUCUUUGGAACUGCAAUCGCCUUCAAAAAAGCCCUGAGGUUGCAUCUGCAGGCCGGGGGCAUUGAGUUACCUUGAAAGUAAAAAAGUCCAGAUGAACGUCCCCUUUGGGUUUCAGUGCCUCAGUCUGUAAACCAACAAGCAGCCAUUGCAGCAUGGUGGUGUGACCUGCCCCACCUCAGCAUCCUUCUCCCGGAAAGGCUUGCAUCCACAUCCGCACACCUUUACAUCUCACAUGGAAUGCAUACCCUGAUGUUAUUUUGAUUCGACCCAUCCCCCCCCCAACCCCUUCCUAUUCGGUUCGGACACACGAGCAUGUCCCAUUCCUUUCUUCAGCAAGCAAAAAGUCCUGUUUUUCGCAGCGUGGCACCUUAAUUUUGGUUUGGCUGCGCCGCCUUUCGACCCUCAACUCCCAGACGACCCAGAAACUUCUCCCCGGCGAACCCCACCCGUCAUGGCUGUAAACGUGGCAGUGGGCCGCGACACCAAGUGGCUGACGCUCGAGGUGUGCCGCGAGUUCCAGAGAGGAUCGUGCUCGCGCUCCGACAACGAGUGCAAAUUCGCGCACCCGUCGCGUACCUGCCACGUGGAGAACGGCCGAGUCAUCGCCUGCUUCGACUCACUCAAGGGCCGCUGUACACGUGAUAACUGCAAGUACCUGCACCCUCCACCGCACCUGAAAACCCAGCUGGAGAUCAACGGCCGGAACAACCUGAUUCAGCAGAAGGCGGCUGCGGCUAUGUUGGCCCAGCAGAUGCAGUUCAUGCUGCCUGGAGCUCAGCUACAGCCCAUAACUACAUUUCCAGUAUCACCUUCUUUGGCCAGUCAGAGCAUGGCGUUCAGUCCUUACAUGGGCCACAUGAGCCCUGGCAUCAGCCUCAUGCCCGAGCUGCUGCCCAGCACCCCCGUGCUGGUCCCGGGGAGCCCAACAGGCAUCACUAUGGGCAACGGCAACUCCACGCAGAAGCAUGCUCGCACAGACAAGCUUGAGGUGUGCAGGGAGUUCCAACGGGGCAACUGCACACGGGGCGAAAACGAGUGUCGCUACGCCCACCCGGUAGAGGCAGCCAUGGUGGAUGGCAGCGAGAACUCAGUCAUCGUGUGCAUGGACUACGUCAAGGGCCGCUGCUCACGUGACAAGUGCAAAUACUUUCACCCUCCGGCACACCUGCAGGCCAGGAUCAAGGCAACACAGCAACAGCAGGCUAACCAGAGCGCCGUUGCCACAGCAGCAGCCAUGGCGCUUCCACCAGGAAGCAUGCAGCAGCUACCAAAGAGGUCUACCCUGGAGAAGAGUAACGGCAUUGCAGCCAUCUUUAACCCCAGCAUGUUCCAUUACCAGCAGGCUCUGGCUAGCAUGCAGCUGCAGCAACCAACCUUCAUCCCUACAGGGCUUUUCAAACCGCCCGGCCCAUUGGCAGAGGGGCGCUGGGAGAGGCGGGAUUGGAGCAGUUGCCGACCCCCCAACAGCCGCUAUCUAUCAGGGCCCGGACACACUGUAGACCCCGCCGAGGUACUGACUGCUGACCCCGUCGACCUCCACUGCAUUCCUGUAGAAACACACCUAUGUCCAGUCCCUAAACUGCUGGUCGCAGCCCCGGUGAGCCUGAACUCAGAAGCGUGCCAUGAUGCAAGGAGACUUGAGCGCAGCCAGACGCUGGUUCUGAGCGUGUCGUCAAAUUCACAGCCAUACAAAUACAGAUUUGUAGACAUGCACGAACACUGUUCAGAAUGGUGCAUCCUCAAGCGACAGUAAGGUCUCAGACCCGGCUUAAUGGAUCCAGCGGGAGGAGUGGAGCUGAGGCUCGACAUCACCUGACAGCACAUGUGACUCUGCAACAGCUUGUGUGGAGAACACAAGAAUGUGAUUGAUGUGCACAUCUAUGCACAAAGACAUGCUUAUAUCAGUGGGUGGGGAGCGGGGUAAUUGCAUGGUCAAUUUUAAAAGCACUCAUGGUUCUUUUAUUUGCUCUUUUAUCUGAUACAUUUACAGGUGUUAGUUUCUUUUAUUCUCACACUGAGCUUCUUUAAUGGAAAACUAUUCACAUCAUUGUAGGAUUUCGUUCACAUUAUUGGCCAAAUUGCCUUCUGGUUAUUAGGCUGCCGUUUCUGGAAAAGGCUUUUCCUGACAUCUAAACCACAAAAUACUUAAAGCUUUUAACGUCCCCCUGAACGUGAAAAGAUGAUUUUUAAAUUGAAAGUCUGCUAACAGUGUAAUUUGCUAAUCCUAAACUAAUCCUGACAAGCUAAAAUAUGAUAACUGGAGAGUUCUUUAUUCUCUGACUUGGAUUUCUCUGUGGAUGUAGGUAGUCAGAGGUUUAAUUCUCACCCCUUAAUUAGAAUAGACAAGUGCACCAGCAUAUCCUAUCAUACGUAGUCAUGCUGACUGAUGAUCAGGAUCGGAUUACAUCCCUUAGCCGGCACUGCACAGAAGGUCUGAUGGAUGAUUAGCUCAGGAUGGGUCUGAUUCUCAUACUGUAAAAGAUAGUGGCAGCGCAGCAGCUGGGGUGGUACAUCAGAACAGUGCAACUUCUAAGCCCGAACAUUGCCCCCUUUGGAAAAAAACUCCCUUUUUUGAUCAUUUUUAUAUUUAAAUAAUGUCAAGGACAUGUAGACCUGAUUUAUCAGAUGCACAGUGAUGGAGACUGUCUCUACCUCUGUCUUUUCUCACAGUGCAGACACUCUUGCCAAAAUCUGUGGCUCUGUCCCUCCUACUGUGUGACAGUCUGUUUGUCUGUGCUUAUUGCUUAGCCCUGUUUGUUACAUCUCACAGUAACACGAGAUCUUGGAACCGUCCAUACUGUGAUAUUCUCAGCACGACAACAACCAAAAUUCCCCUUACAGAGUUUCAGCACUUUUCUAUUUGGGGAUGAUGUGCACGUCUCAUCGAAAUGUUCUCUUGCUUACAGAAUACGCAGUGCAGGGUAUAUUAAAAUGAGCUCAGACAGAAUUCAGACUGGUAAAUGCUCCCAAAAUUAAUGACGUGUGAAAAUCAGGAAAAUAUACAGUAUAUUCAAAAUUCUAUUGUUCUUAGGCCUGUCACAAUUAUAAAAUGAUCACCUAAUUACAAUGAUUAAGCAUCAAAAAGGGUGUACCAGCUUAUUAAAAAAUGCC